AUGGCGGCGGCGGCUGCUGCUGCUGCAGCUGCUGCUGCUGCAGAGUUCGAUGAGCGAAGUGCAAACGCCUCCAGUGUCUACCUGCCCAGCUGUCCCGCGUACUACAUGCAGAGUGGACACCACCACCACCACCAUCCCCACCACCACCACCACCACCAUCCACACCACCACCACCAUCCCCACCGGCCAGAGCACUUCUCCCCGUAUCGCGCAGCGUACGGAGGAGGCACAGCAGUCCAAGACAACCACCACCACCACCACAAGUACAUUGGACGGAGCGCUGGCACAGCUGGCGGUGCUGCUGUUGCUGCUGCUGCUGCUGCAGGAGGUUGUGGUGAUGGUGACGGUGACGGUGGUCUGGCAAUAUCAGCUGCGGCUAACGGUGCUGCUGGCGCUGAUGGUGGUGGCGGUAUUGGCGGUGCGAACAGCAGCAGCAACAACAGCAGCAACAACAGCAGCAUCAGCAGCAGCAGCAACAGCAUCGCAGCAGCCAACGACGAAGUGUCAGCGCACGCGUUCCCCGGGCACGGCCCCUCGGGGGAUCACCUGCACCCGCAGCAGCGCGCAGAAUUCGCCGCACACGCGGAGCUGGCGAUGCUGAAGGGUGGCACCACCACCACCAACAUCAACACCACCGCCGCUGCCGCUGCUGCUGCUGCCACGGGUGGUGGUGGCGGCGGCGGUGGUGGUGGUCCCGGAGACCAGCUGUACAGACACUACUUCUCAUCGCCCACGUCGGCGCACGCCGCUUACGCACAAGCAGCAGCCGCUGCUCACGCGGCUGCUGCUGCGGCUGCUGCGGCGGCGGCUUCGCGCGGAACGGGAUUCUUCAGCGCGGUGGGACGCAACGGGGUCUUGCCGCAGGGCUUCGAUCAGUUCUUCGAAGCGGCGUCCUACGACGGGGUGAUGGAGGGCAUCGCUGCUGCUGCUGCUGCUGCUGGCGGCGGCGGCGGUGGUGGUGGUGGUGGCGCUGGAGCGAUGCAAAUGCAUUUGCACGAUUUGAAUCAUUGUGGGGAGCACGGGGAGGUGGGUGGCGGUGGUCAUCAUCAGCAGCAUCAUCAUCAUCAUAAGGGGGCAGCCGAGAGAGAGGGAGGAGAGAGGAAGGGAGAAGGGGAAAGUUCGCCGCGGCACAGGAGUGGUGGCGGUGGUGGUGGCGGUGGCGGUGGUGGUGGUGGCGGUGGAGGUGGUGGUGGUGGUGGUGGAGGAGGAGCGGGGAGCGUGGGGGACGCAAGUCCCACUCGGCACCCGCGAGACGCCGCGGACGCAGCGGGGACAGCCGGACCCGUCCCUGCUGUCCGCGUGCGCAAGAAGCGCUGCCCUUACACCAAGUUCCAGAUCCGCGAGUUGGAGCGAGAGUUCUUCUUCAACGUCUACAUCAACAAGGAGAAGCGGCUGCAGCUCUCGCGCCUACUCAACCUCACCGACCGACAGGUCAAGAUCUGGUUCCAGAACCGACGGAUGAAGGAGAAGAAGCUAAACCGGGACCGGCUGCAGUACUACGCGGGGAACCCCUUUUUAUAGAGGGACCAAGGGGGUCGGGGUGGGAUGUGGGUGGUCGGCCAAGGGGCUGAUCGCUCCCUCGCUACCGCUGUUGGUGGCGUUGGUGGCUCUACUCUCAGAGCCGUCCCGAGCGCACGGCACAUUGGGGUGUUCGCCCCGGGCCCCGCGCUUUGGGGGGGUGGGGAGUUUAAAGGGGUUGGGUUGUGGUGGUGGUGGGGGCGCCCCAGGACCCCGCAACCCACCCCCCCCCCCCCCUCAACUAUGGACAGCGCUGGUGCAUCUGCCAGUCAUCUCAUCUCAAGUCAAGUCAUGGCACCUGCGUCUGUUCCGUGAACCUCCUGAACAGCGGGCACCAGUGUGGUGGUGGCGGUGGUGGUGCAUCGACUCCUUCGCGCGUGACUCAAAGUGCACCUAGCCUGGCACGAGCGCCGUGGUUGACCUUGUUGUGCUGCACGUGGCGCCUAUUAUCCAGCACAGAUGUCGCUGUGAAG